AUUGUCAAUACCCAUUAAAAAAAUUAAACGACUAGAUUAAAGUUUUACGCGUGAAAAUUUAUAAAAUUAUCAAGCUUUCUUAUUUUAUUUAUUCAAUUAUUGAUUGAAUUCCUACUACGAAGUACCCAAAUAAAAUUAACUGUUGAUACUAUCAUUGCAUUGCAAGGGUUUUUAUUAUGUGACCUAAUUAAUGAAUAAUAACAUUGUAAUCUGUAAGACGAUCCAACCCAAGUAAUAUAAGAUUUAUCUGAUUGGGUUUUAAAAGACUGCAUUACAGUGUUUAAUUUAGGAGGAUCGAGGAAUUAUCAAUGCUUUUAUUGUUUCUUUCUUAGAAACAAAAAUGUGCCUGUUUACGUAUGAUAAUUAAAGAGGCACUAAAUCAAUGAAGACUCACCGGAAAUCGUCAGUGGGAAUCAUGAGGAAAUACUAUCAGUUAAUCCUCAUUAUCGUGUGCUGCGUGAGUAUCGUCACAUUACUCAUGUACCGUCAUGAAUAUUACAAGUUGCGGUAUGUUCUCGAAGUUCUCAAUUUUUUCGGAAAACCUGGGUUAUCAGAGAUAGAAUUCUGUGGCCCUGGAUUCAAUGCUACGAUGUUGUCAGAGUUAUUAAGAAAUUCAUCGAUGGAGAUCAAAGAAACACCAUCACUAUUUCAGGAAAUUGAUGAAAAUUUCCAUUCAUAUUCAUCAUUUUUGCAUUCCUAUGAAAAAUAUGAGCACCUAAAGCAAACUUCCGCACAUGUUAUUGAUACAAUCGUUGUUGGUAAGGCAUACUCAACACCAAACUUUCGAUGCUAUAUUUGGCUUGAAAAUGAUUCAAAACCAAAAUCAGGAAGGUUUAGUUAUAAAAUAAUGUCUGAACCAAUCAACAACUACCGUUUGUAUGUCUUUCAGUGUGUGACUAAUAAAAACUUUGGUAAACCAAUUGGUGUAAGCUUUUAUAUUAAUGAUUAUAAUGUAAAUCCUCUUCAUGCACCAAUUAAUAGAUUAAUUCGAAUAAAUACAAAGAGAUUGGUUAGGAAACACAGCAAUAUAAGAUUUGUUAACACUGUGGUCCCAGCAAUAUGUGUUAUACCUAAUGAUAUUCCAAUUGUGUCUAGAGAUGCCUUUAUAGAGUUUCUAGUUUAUCAUCACAUAGCUGGUGUUAAUUCAUUCACAAUAUAUGACAGUAUGAUUUCUGAAGAUGUUAUAAGAAGGUUGAAUUUGUUUCCAGCAGACCUAACAGAAUGGAACAUACAGUUUUACCCACUAAAUUAUCCUUUUAUAUUUUCAAAAUCUUAUGGUAUUAUAAGAAGUGCUGUGGAACUUGAUUGUAUGUUUCGUCACUUCAAAUUUGACAAGGAAGAAAUCAAUAAAGUCACUCAUAUUGCUGUUAUGUCUUGGGAUGAAUUCCUAGUUCCGAGAGUACAUAACACAAUUCAAGCUUUAUUAAGAGAUGAUGAUCCAAUGCUGACUGUGCAUACAUCCAUGGUUAAGCCCUUGUUAUUCUGUCUGAAUCAAAAUGAUGAUGACAACAUAGACUUAGCAUAUCCGGAUAUCAUGAAGAAAACCCAUUACUAUGAUGUGCCUCAAGAAAAGACACCAAUUGCAAUUAGGAAUUUGGAAACAAUGACUACUUUUGAUGACAUAUUUAAUCUGACUGCUAAUGUUAAAAAUAUUCCUGUAGAUGUACUAGGAGUUCAUAAGUAUAUAGUAUGCAGGGAUGCAAAGAAAUUUAACUCAGAAGGUUAUAAUGAAACAGAAAUGCAGGUUUUCCAACAUAAGUUUGAAGGAGCCAUGAUGAAGUUUGGAGAGAGACUAAUCAGUAACAAGAUAUAUAGAUUGUAUAGGUCAGGUCAAAUUUGGGAGAAACCUAACAAUGAAGUAGUCAGGGAUAUGUUGUAGUAAUUUAUUAUGUCUUUUAUAAUAUAUACUCACUAGAAAUCUACCAUAUUAUUACAUCAAUAUUACCAGUAAAGUUUGCAAAUCUAUUAUCAAGAAAACAAUAUGUAUUUAAAAUUAUUUGAUUCUUCAACUACAAUGAUAAAAUCUGAUGUUACUUGUUAAAAAAAAAGCAAAAAGUGGUUGGCGAGAAUAACUUGAUUCUAUUAAUUUCUACUCAAACCACACAUUUGAAGUGCAUCUUAGAGUUAGACACAUUACUGUACCUGUGUGUACUGCUGUAAUUAUGAAAAAUGAGCUAAAAUCAAUAGUUCCAUCUGCAGUGCAAUGUGAGUUUAGUAGUUGGUUGUGAGAUAUUCAUAUAAUUAUGCUAAGGAACUACUAACUCAACAAUAAAAUACAGAAUAGCACCAUUUUCUAUUGAUUGUUAUGCAAUAAUCCCCAUAAUGCAAAUGCCUGUUAUACAGCUAUUAAAUGUACUCAAAUUAAGGUUUUUUUAUUAAAUGUUGUUUUUGAUCGUU